AAAGAAACAAGAAACGAACAGAAACCAGAGAAAGAGAGCUUCGGUUGCAGUAAAAGCGACUGGACAACGCUCUGUUUAGUCGCCAGACCCAGAGCCAGACUCGGAGCUCGCUGAGAGCGGAGCGGAUCGGAUCGUAUGGGAUGGCUUGGGAUCGAAGGUGGAGCGCGCCUUGUUGAUUUACUUUCAUUUUGGUGGGGCUAUAAAAAGCGAAAGCAAAGCGCUGGAUUUGCUCAGAAAGACCGCAAAACUGCAAAAGUCAACUGUUCGCCCACGGAAAAGAAACAAAAGGAUUAGCAUUAUGGUUCGAGCCAUCUACCUGUCCCUCGCUGCCUUAGUGGCCCUGGCCUGUGUGGCGAGUGCUGCCCCAGUGGCUGAGUCGGACAUCGACACGAGCCUCGAGUACCCUGCCUCGCGGCAGGUGGAGGUGGAGGAGGAGGAGGAACUGGUUCAAAACUCCAGUGCGGACAGCAGUGAGGAGCACGACGACGAUGAGGAUGUGCACAAGGUGGAGGAGGAGUCCAAGGAAGAUGACGACGAAGAGAAUGAUGAUGAUGAUGACGAUGACGACGACUCCCUGAUCAGAAGACGUCGCGAUGUGGCCACCACUGAGGAGACGCCCUCUGAAGCCGCCACAGAGACCCCCUCAGAGCUGGAGAAAGACCCCGACACUGUGACAGCCGCAGUGCCAGUGGCUCCCUCCCGCAAGCCAGUGCUCGUGCUCAUCCGCGAUGCCCUGAAGAAGGUCACCACAGAUCUGCCCACCGCACAGGUGGCCAACAACGCUCUGCAGUACUUCCAGCAGUUCGAGCACUUCAUCCAGCAGACCAUCGAGCAGGUCAUCGGCGAUGACUACGAUGACGAUGAUGAGACUCCGGCCACAGUCCUACCCAACACGGAUGAGAACAAGCAGCCCGAGGCGGAGUCCCCGCAGCAGAAACCCGAAAAGGAUGCCGAGACUGCAGCUCCCGAGCCAGAGCCUGUCAAGCCUGUCAAGCCCGUGGAGCCGGUGGAGCAGCAAGUGACUGAUGCCGCGACUCCUCUCAGCAAUGCUGUCUAGCCAGAGCUCCGUCUUCAAC